CCACUCCUGUUGGGUUUGCCACUCGCGCAAAGCCCUAGUCGCCCGGCUGCUGCCUCUCUACUCUCCUUCCUUCUGUGAGGAUCAGAGGGAGAGAGCCUCGUCUCCGUCAUCAUCGUACUGUCGUCGUCGUCGUCGUCGUCGUCAUUGGUUGAGAGGUAGCAGAAACUGCUAAGUGGGGAGGGAUCAUGGCGGCCGCAUCGUUCUCUACUGUGCUUCACCCGUCCUCCUCUUCCUCCUCCUCUCUCAGAGACAGAGUGUCUCCCACUACCAUCAUUCACCAACGGCUGCCUUCUUCCGUGUUCUGUUAUGGUAGCAGAAGGAGGGGAUUAAGCAGCGGCGUCACAGCUUCCGUCGUGCAGCCGUCGAAGCACCGGCGCCCGGCGGACGAAAGCAUCCGCGAGGAGGCUGCACGGAAGUUGCACAGCAACGGCGCCGAAAGCCACGGAUUCUCGGCCAAGUACGUGCCGUUCAACGCGCCGCUCGACACGGAGGAGGAGUACUCCCUCGAUGAGAUCGUGUACAGGAGCCGCUCCGGCGCGCUGCUCGACGUCCGGCACGACAUGGAGGCGCUGAAGAAGUUCGAUGGGGAGUACUGGAAGAACCUUUUCGACUCUAGGGUGGGGAAGACGACCUGGCCGUACGGCUCCGGCGUCUGGAGCAAGAAGGAAUGGGUGCUGCCGGGGAUAGACAGCGACCACAUCGUCAGCGCGUUCGAGGGAAACUCCAACCUUUUCUGGGCAGAGCGCUACGGCAAGGAGGUGUUGGGCAUGAACGACCUGUGGGUGAAGCACUGCGGCAUCAGCCAUACCGGCAGCUUCAAGGACCUCGGCAUGACCGUCCUGGUCAGCCAGGUGAACCGCCUGAGGAAGCUCAAUCGGCCCCUUGUCGGCGUUGGCUGCGCCUCCACUGGCGAUACCUCCGCCGCCCUCUCUGCCUACUGCGCCGCCGCGGGCAUUCCCGCCAUUGUCUUCCUCCCCGCCAACCGCAUCUCCAUGGCCCAGCUCGUCCAGCCCAUUGCCAAUGGUGCCUUCGUCCUCAGCCUCGACACCGACUUUGACGGCUGCAUGCGGUUGAUCCGGGAAGUCACCGCUGAGCUCCCCAUAUACUUGGCUAAUUCUCUCAACAGCCUCAGGCUGGAGGGCCAGAAGACGGCCGCAAUCGAGAUCUUGCAGCAGUUCGACUGGGAGGUGCCGGAUUGGGUCAUCGUCCCCGGCGGCAAUCUCGGCAACAUAUAUGCCUUCUACAAGGGCUUUCAUAUGUGCAAGGAAUUGGGCCUGGUUGACAGGAUUCCGCGCCUCGUCUGCGCGCAGGCAGCCAAUGCCAACCCUCUUUACCUCCAUUACAAGUCGGGGUGGGCGGAUUUCAAGCCAGUGAAGGCUGGAGAGACGUUUGCCUCGGCAAUUCAGAUAGGAGAUCCUGUUUCUAUCGACAGGGCUGUGUAUGCACUUCAGAAGUCCGACGGCAUCGUCGAGGAGGCGACGGAGGAGGAGCUAAUGGAUGCCAUGGCGCAGGCAGAUCUCUCAGGGAUGUUCAUAUGCCCCCACACUGGCGUUGCUUUGGCCUCACUGAUCAAGCUUAGGAACAGUGGAGUGAUUGGUAAAACCGAUCGAACUGUGGUGGUUAGCACUGCCCAUGGAUUGAAGUUUACGCAAUCGAAGAUUGCUUACCACUCCAAGGAGAUUGAAGAGAUGGCGUGCCGGUUUGCUAACCCGCCGGUUCAGGUGAAGGCCGAUUUCGGAUCAGUGAUGGAUGUGCUAAAGAAGAAACUGGCAUCCUUUGGGCUGUGAAUUUAGAGGCGUACUGGAACUGGUUGUCUUGCUUCAGCGACAGUUGUAAGUCUAAAUGUGUGAUUGUGUACUGGAGAAGAGUUUCGUAGUUAGUUUAGCUUCUUCAUCCUACUGCAGAAUUGGUCUUUUGGAACGUGCAAUGAAGUGGAUAUUUAUCAGUUAUCCAUCUUAAUGGGAAAUCAUUUCUUCAAAGAACAUGGGGUGAUGUUAUUAGAUAACAGACUCGUAACAUUCUUGUAUCUCAUGCGCACAUUAAGUGGUUAUGCAGGAUCACCCGAGAAAAAGACUGAGGUUUUGUACUUGUUUUCGGUAUUUAGUGAAAUAAACUGUCUGAGAAAGCUUCGACUUAAA